AUUUUUAUUUUUAUUUUGACUAGUAUUUAUAAAUGACAUUUUACAAACAUGAAACACAAAUUAUAUCACUGGGCUAAAAGGCUGUGGGCUUCAAAGGGUUGGGCUUUCAACCUCGAGGAUCGUAGUCGGAAGAUAAAAUCUACCUAAUCCUCACUGCGAACUCCAAACAGACGCUACCUUUCAAAACACACGAACUCCACACACAGACUGAAGUUGAGGCUAUGGGAUUGCAGUGUUGUUUUAACGGGACGACCUUUCAAACUCUGAAACUCGCAGCAAUUCCGUCACACUCUUCCUCCAUUUUCAGACCACUCUCCAAAACCCUAACCCUAGACCUACUUCUUUCCCGCCUCCAUUCUCCCCCAAAACGUUUGCUUCCAUUCAUCGUCAGAGCUCUGUCAGCACCAGCUGUCCAAACUACUCCAAUCACAAUCCACAACGAUAAAGUUGUGAAACCUCAAUGGAAAGCGGCAAUAGAUUUCAAGUGGAUUCGAGACAAUAAGGCAGCGAUUGCGGUGAACAUAAAGAACAGGAACUCCAAUGCUAACUUGGAACUGGUAGUUGAUCUCUACGAAAGGUUGUUAAAUGUUCAAAAGGAAGUUGAACGGCUUCGUGCUGAGAGAAAUGUGGUUGCAAACAAGAUGAAAGGAAAGUUGGAACUGCCAGAGCGUCAGAAACUCAUUGAAGAAGGAAAGAACAUAAAGGAAGGGCUUGUUACUUUGGAAGAAGACCUGCUGAAACUGACAGACGAACUUCAGCAAGAAGCACAAUGUAUACCAAAUAUGACUCACCCAGAUGUUCCUGUAGGAGGGGAAGAUUUUUCAACAUUAAGGAAAUUGGUUGGUAAACCCCGUGAAUUUGGCUUCCCUAUUAAGGAUCACGUUCAACUUGGGAAAGAACUAGAUCUCUUUGAUUUUGAUGCUGCUUCCGAGGUCAGUGGGUCAAAAUUCUAUUAUCUGAAGAAUGAAGCAGUUAUGCUAGAGAUGGGACUACUAAACUGGACAGUCUCUGAAGUCAUGAAAAGGGGCUUUAUUCCUCUUACAACCCCAGAAAUUGUGAGAUCCUCUGUUGUAGAAAAAUGUGGCUUCCAACCUCGUGGAACAAAUACUCAGGUUUAUUCUAUUGAGGAUAGUGACCAAUGCCUUAUUGGCACUGCAGAGAUACCAGUGGGUGGAAUUCAUAUGGAUUCCAUUCUUGCUGAAUCGUUGUUACCUUUGAAGUACGUGGCUUUAUCCCAUUGCUUUCGUACUGAAGCUGGUGCUGCAGGUGCGGCAACAAGUUGGACAACAAAUGUGAAUUUUUCAAGUUCCCGUUUGAUUUUUCGAAAUGGUUUUCGUUUGACUUCUCUAUCAUCAUCAUUAAUACUUGAGUGGCAAUUCUGGGUCAGGGGCCUUUAUCGAGUGCACCAAUUCAGCAAGGUGGAGAUGUUUAUCCUAUGCCGACCAGAGGAAAGUGAUUCAUACCAUGAAGAACUAAUUGGAAUUGAAGAGGAUCUCUUCUCAUCACUAGGAUUUCAUUUUAAAACUCUGGACAUGGCUACAGGGGAUUUGGGUGCACCUGCUUAUCGUAAAUAUGAUGUAGAGGCAUGGAUGCCAGGUCUAGGACGGUAUGGUGAGAUAUCAAGUGCAUCAAACUGUACCGACUAUCAAAGCCGCCGGCUGGGAAUCCGGUACCGUCCAGAAUCAUCAUCAGCAAAUCCUAAAAAGGGUAAAGGCAAUCUUGCUCCAACACAGUUCGUGCACACAUUAAACGCAACAGCCUGCGCAGUUCCUCGGAUGAUUGUAUGUUUGCUUGAGAACUACCAGCAAGAAGAUGGCUCUGUUGUCAUUCCUGAGCCAUUAAGACCCUUCAUGGGUGGGCUUGAGGCCAUUACUCCCAAAUCAAGAUAAAAUGAUGGAAUGAUACAUUUACAUUCUAUAUUAGAAAUUGUAUCCGCAAGAUCCAGCAUUUUAAUUUUUGGCAGAUGCAAGUGUUUAGUUUAUCAAAAGGUUAAAGAAGUUUGCUUGUUGAGUUAAUUACAAUUAAUUUUGAGAUUAUUCUACGAAAUUUCUUCUUUUUGGGUUAUAA